AUGGUUAAGCUGAGCGCUCCCCUUGCUCUCCUCGCCCUCGCUAUUGCUGGUGCUUCCGCUCAGGCUCCUCAGUCUGGCGCUGCUCCCUCUUCGGCCCCUGCUCCUUCGAGCCCUGCUCCGUCGGGCCCUGCUCCGUCGAGCCCUGCUGCCCCUAGUCCCAGCUCGGCUGCUCCUGCUCCCUCCUCGCAGGGUGGUCAGGGUGGUCAGGGUGGCCAGGGUGGCCAGGGUGGCGAUGACUCGUCUGAGGGUGGCUCGUCGAGCAGCGUCUGCUCGGCUCUCUUCGAGGACCCUAAUGUGCACCCCUACGACUGCCAGGCGAGCAAGACGGUUGUGCCGCCGUACAACCUGUCGUCGCUUGUGCAGUACUUUGUCGGUGGCUACAAGCAUGACCGUGCUGACGGCGCGAUGGUGUCGGAGGUCGCUGACGACCUUGCCGGCUCGGUCGUCAAGUACUACCCGACUGUGACCCAGUCCCGUGAGGACAUUCAGUGGGCCAUGUACAAGGGUCUGCUCGCGUCCAUCAAGGCCCAGCAGCCCGGCUUCGCUCCCGUGGACGAGAUCCGCCCUCCCAAGGAUGCUGACAAGAUCAACGCUAUGAUCGGUAUUGAGGACGGUGCUAAGCGCAUGGCUGUGCCUGCUGCGGUUGCCUUUGGUGCUGCUGUGAUUGGUGGCGCUAUCCUUCUUUAA